GCGACAUUGUACAGACGUUCAUGCUAACGUAGCACUCACAGAUCUUUCUUCUCGGAAGAUACGGGCUUAGAAGAAACCAUAAGAGAGACGAUGGCUUGGAGAAGCCACAACCGUUUCUCCCUCCCUCCAAUAGAGAGCGCAGGGACCCGGGGUUAUCCCCCUAAAUCCCCACCAGCGACGAUUUGCCCAGAUACGUCGCCCCCUCAAUAUUUGGGAAACAGAAUGUACGUGACGGGUUCUGCCAGUCACAUCUACCAGGAUGAUUCAGUCUAUGACGGCGAAUCAUUGGUCUGUAACAGUUCAACCAGCAAGGCCUCCUCGAAAGAUGAAGAAAGCGGCUCAACUUCCAGCAGUUCCGGGUCUCAACCAGUGUUCAGUGAACAUGUGAAAAGGAAAAUAGAGCAAAGACGCCAAGAUCUGUCUGAACUUAGUUUGUUAAAACGGAUAGAAACGGCAGAGGAUCUCGAUCUACAUGCAAAGAAGAUCCUAUCAAAGUCUGAGUCACUGGAUUGGUUACUGGACACCGACCUAAACAUGUUGGUGUAUGAAAUGGAGGAUUUGGAAUGGCGUGUGUUUGAGGUAGUUUACAUUAUUAAACCUGACUACAAGGACUACGCCAUGCUGAUCCCAGAGACAGAUAGAUCUAUUCUUGAUAACAGCUACAAACUGCUGCGACGGUUAACCAAGAUAGACGGAUACUCCCAACUCAACGUGAGACCAAUCACAGACUUGCCCCGUCCAUGUUACCUUCCUAGGCCCAUCAAAGGUCAUCUGUGGGAGCAUCCAGCGCCUAAACCCAACUGUGUUGGAAGCUUCAAACAAUCACGCAUACCACUGCCAUUUGCGAAAGGAAACGUCAUGGAGAGAUCACAUAUUCCUCCAGAGAUUCACAAUUUGAUCAGAAGAUUACACAAAGCUUACGCUAAAUUGUGCACAAUGGUUGAUCAAUGGUUUAGCCCAGGCACAGUCAAGGAGUAUGUCAAGCGAGCAAAAGCAAAAGGUACUCACACCCAUCCGACCGCCAAGGAGACACUACCCCAAACGGCAGCCAUGGAGACUGCAACCCCAAUGUCAACAAAGGAGGCUUGCCCUAAGCCAGCGCCCAGAAGAAUAAGAGUUCCUCUGCCGUCUCCUCGACCCAGACUUAUACAUAACAAUCGCUACAACAAAGUUGCCUCAAGUGGCUAUGGGAGAUCUAAGAAGAAAGAAAAAACAGCUACAGAGGAUCCCAAAAAAAACGCGAAGGAGAUCCUACCGAAGCCCGAAUCGCUGGACUGGCUACAUGACAUGGACCUUAACAUGCUGACUUAUGAAAUGGAGGACCUGGAAUGGCGUGUGUUUGAGGUAAUAUACGUCAUUAAACCAGACUACAAGGAUUAUUCCAUGUUGAUUCCAGAGACAGAUAGACCUGUCCUUGAUGACGGCUACAACCUGCUUCAAAGGCUAGCGAAGAUAGACGGAUACUCCGAGCUCAACGUGAGACCAAUUAUAGACUUACCUCAUCCGUGUUACCUUCCUAGGCCCAUCAAAGGCCAUGCUUGGCAGAAUCCAGCGCCUAAACCCUGCGGUGGAGGCUUCAAACAAUCUCGCAUACCACUGCCUUAUCAGUUUGCAAAAGUUAAUGUCACAGGAUCACAGAGAUCAGAUAUUUCUCCAGAGAUUCACGAUUUGAUCAGAAGAUUGCACAAAGCAUAUGGCAGGUUAUGCACAAUGGUUGAUCAGUGGUUUAGUCCAGGCACAGUCAAGGAGAACGUCAUCCAAGCGACAGCCAAGGGAACCCCAAACCAUCCGACAUUCAAGGGGACUAUCGCCCGAGCCACUUUCAAGGAGGCUGGCGCCCAAGUAGCAGCAAAGGAGAAUGUCACCGAAGUGCCCGCCAAGGAGACUGUCACCCAAGCCACAACCAAGAAGAGUGUCACGCUAGCGACAUCCAAUGAGACUUGCCCGCAGCCAGUGCCCAGAAGGAUAAGAGUUCCUAUGCCGUCUCCUCGACCCAGGCUUAUACAUAACAAUCGCUACAACAAAGUUGCCUCCAGUGGCUAUGGGAGAUGUAAGACAAAACCAAAGCCAACAUGUAUCAUGCAGACAAGCCACUCGUUUGUGUCCACCAGAAACAAUAUAGCACCAUCUGUUAGAGGACAAACAUGUCAAACCCUGCAGAAAGAUCCUCCACCACCACCCAAAGUUGAUAUCAGGACGGUGGCCAGACUCAAUGGAUCCAGACUCCCAAUUCCUGUGAAGUUAUCCGCGUCCAUCCUACCCACGACAUCCUCCACGUCAUCGGAAACUGCUAUUGCAUCAAAGGAUACUUCUUCCACAACUGCCGUUGCGUCGAAGGCACCUACCUCAGACAUCAGGACCAUGGCUAGGCUUAAUGGAUCAAAACUGCCAAUUCCCAUAAAGUCAACACAGAGUACAUCUCAACUGGCGUCUAUAAGGCAGCCCACAUCUUCUAUGUCAACAAACGGCAGACAUCCGGCUCAAGUGACAAAUCUUCCUCAAAAGUCUAUCCGACGAGUCAGCCUGCGUUCCAACCUCUACAAGGACAUUCCUUCUACCGGCUAUGGAAAAGCUAAACUUCGAGUGAAGACGCAGUUUUUUGCAGCCACAGGCUGUUCCUCUUUCUCCACCGUUAACAGCCAAAGACCAGUUCAGCCUAAAACUAAAAUUCGAAAAACAAAACAAAAAGACAGUUUGAAGCCACCUAAACCUGACAUCAGAUUGAUAGCUAGACAGAACGGAUCGAAAAUUCCGCUUCCCACAAAGCUGCUUGAAAGCGAAUCGCAACGGCAGUCGAUUUCAGGUUGGGGUAAUUCGUCUACCUUCUCAACGGCUGAUGCCUCAGAUGACAUUUGUUCGACAAAUACCUCAGAUGUCAAGAUUACGGCUGGACAGAAAGGAUCGAAACCUUCAGUUCUAUUGAAACCGGGCCAGAAUGAGAGCACAGUGAAGUCAACGACGAGUCAGAACAAUUCUUCUAACUCGACAAAUCCUGCCACAUCAAAAGACGAAGACCUGGGAAUUAACCCCGGAGUAAUGACAACUGUGUUAAUGUCAAAUCUACCGGAUGCCCCAGGAUGCAAACACCGGCCGGCGUCAACAAAUGAGACUGGAGCAAAAGACAUAAAAGCGGUACGAAGGCUUGAUAUCAGAGCUGUGGCAAGACAAAACGGCUCCAAACUUCCAGUUGCUGUCAGGUCACUGGCUUUAACGGGUACGUCUAUAUCGAAAGACGCUCUAUCAGCUCUAAACCCUGUCAUCAGGACAAGUGCGAAAUUCAGUGCAGUAAAACCAACAGCUCGCUCAAAGCCAUCCAAGCCACACUGUAAGGCAAGUCAAGGCAAGUCUUCCACUUGCACAAAUGCCGCGGCAUCUCGUUUCGGUAACUCGACGCGUUACUCUAAGAUAACGACAAUUGUAGGACAGCCUGUUCUCUCAGCUUUUAGGAAACGGGAUUUAUGUGCAUCAAUGAAAAAACCUGAUGAUCCCCCUCCAGCACCAAGACCUGAUAUUAGGGCUAUAGCAAGAGCCAAUGGGUCCAGACUACCGAUUCCUAUAAAGCAAAUCCACAGCACAUCUGAACUGAAGUCUAUGAAAAUUCACAGCAAUUUAUCAAUAAAAAAUGUUGCAUCAAAUAACGCUCCUUCUUUACCUGAUAAUAGCGGAAUGUCUACUGCCAAAGGAGAUGUGUCGAAACUACCAGUUACCGUAAAAGCAACAAAAGGACAAUCCCAGACCCAGUCUGCUGCAGCUCCGAAAAAUUCCUCUGCUUCUAAAAGUGUCGCUGACCCGGCAACUAAAACUAACAUCCACAGUAUUGCCAGGCAGAACGGAUCAAAACUUCCCACGAGGAGCCCAGUUCCCAUCAAGAUUCAAAGUAAUUCUUCGGCUUCAUCUACAUCAAGUAAAUGUUGCUUGGCACCCAGACCUGAAAUCCGUGAUAUUACCGAACGACACGUCUCCAAACUCCCGGUUUCCAUUAUGCUGUCCACCACGAGUCCGAGUGAAUCAAAUGCACCUGCAUCAGGUAAAAGUUGCUUGGCACGCAGAUCUGACAUCCGUGAUAUUGCCAAGCGGAACGGUUCCAAACUCCCAGUUCCUAUUAUUCUGUCCAGCACGAGUCGGGGGGAUUCACGGGCAUCGAAAUGUGUGGCUGCAUCAACUGACGCUCAAUCAGCAGAUAAUCCUAAUAUCAGAGAUGUUGCCAGACGGAAUGGGUCGAAACUCCCAGUGAUCAUAAAACCGUCUCAGAACACCUCAGAGUCAGACGGCCGGGUAAAUCAGACCACAAAUACUGUCUGUUUAACUAACGCCUCUUUGACACGUAUUCCUGACAGUGCCACUACAGCCAGCCCGAAACUUCCAAUUCCACGCAAACAACCCAUAACAAGUCAAAGCGCGUCAAACAACAUUUACUCAGGUAAAAAUGGACCGUCAGCAUCGAUAACUGGACCUGUUCUGAUGCCACCCAUGCGAACCACAAGUCUGCGGGAAUUUGUGGAAAUGUUUCGUCCCCUACCCCCAGAAAAGAGAGUGUUUAAGGCUAAGCAGACUCACAAGGUAAUUUCAACUGUUCAGCCACCGACUAAACCAGCGGUUAAACCAAAACGACCAGUUCAUCUUAGGCCACCGGUUCAACCUAAAACAGCAGCUAAACCAAAGCCAGCCGUCCAACCUAAACCAACAGCUCAACCAACACCCGUUCUGCCAAAACCACCAAUUGAGCCCAAACCACCGAUUCUACCAAAACCACCGCUUCAGCCGAAAUCACCGGUUCAACCAAAAUCACCGAUUCAGCCAAAAUCAACAGUUCAGUCAGAACCACCGGUUCAGCCAAAAGUACCGGUUCUGCCAAAGCAUCCCGUUCAGCCAAAAUCACCCAUUCCACCAGAGCCACCGGUACAGCCAAAACAACCAGCUCAGUCAAAACAACCGGUUCAGCCAAAAUCACCGGUUCAGGCAAAAUCACCCACCAAGCUGUUACUAUGCCCGAAACCACCAAGUACCCCGCCCCCUGAAAACAGCAGACGGCGAAUCCGUGUGGUGAGUCCGGCCUUGGAUCCCGAUAAGCCUUGUCCUAUUAAACCAGCUAGGGGGAUUCUGAAGACAUUGUGUGAGCGGAUGGACUUUCGAGAAAUGGACGCCAUGUUUGAAGCUAACAACCAUCCAGACUACUACCCGCCCUUGUGCCAAAAUCUUGAUCGCUUCUUCUAUCGUUUAAUGGCGCCUCGAAGGCUCGUCCCCAUGGGCCUUGAGAGCUGGACUGUUCUGAACAGAAGGAGAGUCCAGUUUGAUCCAGAGUCAAAGGACCAAUUUGAGGCAGAGUCAGCAGGCAAAUAUGAACCAGACCUAGAAGACGAAGAGUUUCUCGAGUUAGAAAGGCAAUGCAAUGCAGAGUUUGAAAACGGAGACGAGCUUAACAGAAAAGCUAGAAAUUGAAUUGCUUUGAACAAUUUGGAAUGUUUGAUGGAUGAGUUACCUUUUAUCAUCUGGAUUAAUUCGACCUCGGUUUUACAACAUACAUAUAACAUUCUGAUUGGCUGCAGAACUUCUCAAAAAAGAAAUGUGUCGAAUCUGAGUUUGCAGAAAUAUUUUUACCGAGGAUAUUUGCCAGACUUUGCUGUGAUGCAAGUUGCUUCAUUUUUAAAGCCGACGCUAAUGUUCGAAUCCAACGAGAACAGAAACAAGAUAUUCACGGUAAGGACAAAAGUCCAUGUUUACAGGUGUACAAAGUGUGUGGUUUUAUUUUAUUGUACAGGUGAUGGUUUAUAUGCUCUCUAUACUUUUGUGUGUAUUUUUAAUGCUACUAUUUUAUAUAAAAUAUUAUAAUAAUUAAAAAAUGUUCUAUAAUAAUACCAUAUUUUUAUUAGAUAUUUAGCAAUAUAGAAUUUAAAAUAUCUCGAACAUUAAAUCAGGGUUUAACUUCCCUUGGGCUCUUCCCAAACUUUCUCUUGGGGUACCCCGUUGGCUCUCUGAGGCAUUUCCUGCCCAUAACAUUCGUAAGAAACUAUCGCAGAUUGUCUAAAUGCUACAACAUUCAGAAACUGCAUACAGCCACCUUAUACAUCAAAGUGUAUACUUAUACACCCAGACAUACCAAAACAUGGCUUAGUUUUCAUGAUCAAUGCCAUACUUUUUUUUUCUUCUUUUUAAUUAUUUUUUCUUUUUGUUUACAAAACACACAUCAGAUGGGACAAUUAAGGAUCCAAACUUCAGGCGUUGUAACGUUUUUAAGACUCAAACUCAACCUCUAUCACCUAGGUUACUGUAUAAUAUUUUACUACACGUUGUACGCCAACAUGUGUCACGGCUCCUACGACAACAAUACGUACAACAAUACGUGAUCAUAUAACGUGAUCAUAUAACUUGUACACCAACACGUGGUACAGAUCCCGGGUCCAUUGUACCAACAAAUGUUACGGGUGCCUAGUACACCAAUAUGUUGGUACGGAUUCAAUGCCUAACACACCAAUACAUUAUACGGAUCCAAUGCAAAACGUGGUACGAUUCCAAUGCCUGGCACACCAAAACGUGGUACGGAUUCAAUGCCUAGCACGCCAAAACAUUAUACGGAUUCAUUGCCUAGCACGCCAACACAUUAUACGGAUCCAAUGCCUAGCACACCAAUACAUUAUAGGGAUCCAAUGCCCAGCACACCAACACAUUAUAGGGAUCCAAUGCCUAGCACACCAACACAUAAUACGGAUCCAAUGCCUAGCACACCAACACAUUAUACGGAUCCAAUACCUGGCACAACAACACAUUGUGCGGAUCCAGUGCCUAGCACACCAACACAUUAUACGGAUCCAAUAAAACUCACCAACAGCUGCGGAUACAUUGGUACGCCAACACGUGUAACUAUUCACAUCAUCUCACGUGACGGUGGUAUUGCUCGUGCAACCAGGAGAGCCAGCACGUAACGGGGAUCGAGUGACUGACAUACCAGGCUGAUACGUGGUAUUUAUUCUAAAACCAAAGUGAUAGAAUCCAUGUGCGAAUGGUAACACUCCUGUUUUAUAUCAUUGAUUUACACCAUGACUUUUUUUUCUAUUUUUCUUUCUUUAUUAUUAUUUUUUCUUAUAUAAAUAUUGUUGUUUUCCACUUUAACAUAUCGUAGGUGGCCCACAGCUGUUGGCCUUACUAUACCACAAUCGCUCUCUAUCAGGGCGACUUGAUAACUCGUUGUUUUACUCAACCAUAUACCGUGCAUUUCAGUGGAAACGUUGAUUUUUUUAUAAUUGUUGUUUAACAUCUUAUCUGUCAUUCAGUAUCGGUUUCUUGCGAUAUUCUCAAAGUCUUUUAGUGUCUUUCUUGAUUCGGUCGAUUAUCGAACGCGCUGUGUGUGCAAGGCGCGAUACAUUGUUUUUAUAUAAGCUCC